GUGUGUCACUGAAGGGCGCAGACACUUGAACAACUGCUGCUCAACCCGCAACAAAGUACCCGUUUUUACAUUUUUUACAUUUCAAACAUCUUCCAACACAGAGGCAGCGCCUUUUGGAACAUUUGGAUUAAACUUAAAAAAGACUUUUGAGAAGAGGUGUCACCUCCCCAUCAUCUUCCCAGUGUCUUCUUCUGUGGUGCCCAGUGCUCCUCCAGCCUCCAAAACGGCCACAGCGCCAUGGUAACUCUCAGCAAGUGUUUCUCCGCAAUGAGCAGCAGCCACUUGGACUCUCCUAACAUGCGGCUGCCUCAGCGUUACAAGAUGUUUGCGUCCAAGGCUCAGUACCAGAUGGUUCUGGCCACGUUGCACAAGCUGCAGGAGAGCGGCUUCUACUGGGGCGCCAUCACGGGAAAGGAGGCCAAUGCCUUGCUGGGUGCCGAGAAUACGGGCACCUUCCUCAUCCGGGAUAGCUCCGACAACCGGCACCUGUUCACCCUAAGCGUCAAGACGGUGUCGGGCACCAAGAACCUGCGUGUCCAGUGCGACGCAGCCUCCUUUUACCUGCAAACAGACCCCAAAAACAUUCACCUGGUGCCCCACUUUGACUGCAUCCUCAAGCUGGUGCAGUACUACAUGCCUCAAAGCAAAGGGAACACCCGCAGUGGGAAUGUGGACUAUAUUUACACCGGAGGCGAGAAAGUCCCUCUGGAGCUGGUCAAGCCACUGGCCUGCAGCCUGUCCACCUUGCAGCACCUGUGCAGGAAAACUGUCAACGGACAUUUGGACAUUUCCUCCAAAAGAGACCAACUUCCUCAUCGUUUGAGGGAAUUCCUGCAGGACUAUGACGCUCCUAUUUAAGGGCAGUGGACUGGGUUUUGUUGGGAAUGUCUGCCGUUCCUACAAGUCCAGGUCACGACAGGGUGAUCAAAAAGGGGGUGCACUCACUGCACAAAAGGACUGAAAGUCUGAGUGAAGUUCCCGGUGUCCUCCUCUAUUCAUGCUGCUAUCAAAGGGCUGUGAGGCCUCCAUGAGUCCAAGCUUCUGAACACGGGCUUUGUUUGUGUUGCUGACGUUCGUCCAGCAUCCUGGUAUGUUCCUCCCUGUGCAUUCUGGGAAUUCUACAGGCUUACCAGCAGAGUGGCUGCAGCAUUGUACCAGCUGUAAUGUCUUCUUCCGGUAAAAAGGGCUGAACUUUGACUGAAUCUUGCAAGAUGGUAGAUUACUCGAGCAAAUGGCUUAGACUCGUCUAAUUAUUUUGGGGGGGGACACUGACAGGAACGCCACUGCUUCCCAAUGAAUGUAUUUAAAUGAGGCGUCUCUCUGUUGACGAGAUGUGAUCUUAUUUGAUUGUCUAAAACAUUUUUUUAGACAUCAAUCCAUGUUUACAUUGAAGACACAAGGACACACGUGUGUGUUGUCUCGCUCUCUUUUAUAAAGAUGUACUUUUUUCCAGCCACAGCGCUGACGUCCAUGCUUGAACGUUGAUGAAGUAAACACAACUUUGCACUUAUUUAUACUUGGAACAACAUUUCAGUAAUUUAUAAUAAAGAAUGUUA